GCCCGCCGCGCGUGAUGUCACGGAGCGGCCGGCUCGGGCGUUCCGGGGGCGGCCCGGGGCGCGGGGCGGCGGGCGCCUGAGUCAUGGACGGCCCCUGGCCCCUCCUCUCGGCCUGCGCCGCGCCCCCCCGCCGGGGCUAGCGCUGGCGCGGCGGCUCCGAGGGGUGGGGCUGCGGGGAAUGGCUGUGCCCCCUUCGGCUCCGCGGCCGCGCUCGCCCUUUUACCUGCGGAGGCAGGCGCGCUGCCCGCAGUGCUCAUGGAGCAUGGAGGAGAAGGCGGCGGCCAGCGCGGGCGACCGCGAGCCGCCGGGCCCCCCGAGGGUCCCGUGCUUCGGCAUCUCCGUGCACCAGGACGACAUCCUCCCCGGCGCGCUGCGCCUCAUCCGGGAGCUGCGGCCGCACUGGCAGCCCGAGCAAGUCCGCACCAAGCGCUUCACUGACGGCAUCACCAACAAGCUGGUGGCCUGCUACGUGGAGGAAGACAUGCGGGACUGCGUGCUGGUGCGGGUGUACGGAGAGCGGACGGAGCUGCUCGUGGACCGCGAGAAUGAGGUCAGGAACUUCCAGCUGCUGCGUGCGCACGGCUGCGCCCCCAAACUUUACUGCACCUUCCAGAACGGGGUGUGCUACGAGUACAUGCGAGGCGUGGCCCUGGGCCCCGAGCACAUCCAGGAACCCCGGCUCUUCAGGCUCAUCGCCUUAGAGAUGGCCAAGAUUCACACCAUCCAUGCCAACGGCAACCUCCCCAAGCCGGUCCUCUGGCCCAAGCUGCACAAGUAUUUCACGCUGGUGAAGGAGGAGAUCAGCCCCAGGCUUUCUGCAGAUGUGCCCGCGGUGGAGGAGCUGGAGCGGGAGCUGGCCUGGCUGAAGGAGCAUCUGUCCCAGCUGGACUCCCCCGUGGUGUUCUGUCACAAUGACCUGCUGUGCAAGAAUAUCAUCUAUGACAGCUCCAAAGGUCACGUGCGGUUCAUCGACUAUGAGUACGCCGGCUACAACUACCAAGCUUUUGACAUUGGCAACCAUUUCAAUGAGUUUGCAGGCGUGAGCGAGGUCGAUUACUCCCGCUACCCCACGCGGGAGACUCAGCUGCAGUGGCUGCGCUACUACCUGCAGGCCCAGAAGGGCUCGGCCGUCACCCCCCAGGAGGUGGAGAGGCUCUUCGUGCAAGUCAACAAGUUCGCCCUGGCGUCUCACUUCUUCUGGGCGCUCUGGGCUCUCAUCCAGAACCAGUUCUCCACGAUCGACUUCGACUUCCUCAGGUACGCAGUGAUCCGAUUCAACCAGUACUUCAAGGUGAAGCCUCAGGUGUCGGCCUUGGAGAUGCCAAAGUGACCAGCCUCCCCACCCACCCCUGCCCGGUGGUGUUCCGCUCUGGGGGGGGGGGCACCCUCAGGCUGUACGGGUCGGGGCACGAGGGCCUCGGGGGUGAAGGCUGGGCCUUC